AUUCGUGCGUACGUCUGUUUCUCAGGAUCGUGCGCCGUGCUGUCCUCUGGCGCCGAGGAGUUCCGUGCCGGUCCCGAGUUCCUGCGCACUCGCCCUCCGGCCUCGCUUCCCACAGGGCUCCCCUCACUACUUCCCCUUCGUCCUCGGGUGUGACAACAAGAGGCGGCAUGGACGAGCUGGACGACCUGGCCCUCGACGAGGAGAGCGAGCUGCACAGCGACGGCUUCUCGGAGAUCAACCCGUUCAUGACCGCCGCGGCCGGGGUCAUGGUCGUCUCGGCCGCCGUCGGGAUCUGCGCAAACCUGUACGUGGUGUGCGCCGCCUCCACGUCCCUCAGGAGCAACGUCGUCAACGUGUACGUGCUGCAACGGACGCUGGCCCACCUGGUGUCCCUGCUGUUCACGCCGACCCUGGCCGCGCACAUCUUCCUGCACGGCUGGACCUUCGGCGACGCCCUCUGCAGGAUGACCGUCGGCUUCGUCCACAUCGCGGGGUACGCGGACCUGCUGUUCCUGAUCUCCAUGUGCGUCGACGGCCACAAAGCCUUCGACACCUACAGCCUCGACACGCGUCUGCGGGAUGCCAAGAUCGCCGCCGCCGCCGUGUGGCUCCUCGCCGCCACCCUGGGCGCCCCGCUCUUCGCGGUGUUCGGCACGAUCCAGGGCCCGGACGGCAUGGCCUACUGCACGCUCAUCUACAACAGCUGGGCCGCCGUCGUGAUCCUCAACUACGUCAACCUGCUGCUGAUGCUGGUGGCGCUCGUGGUGCCGGGCGCGCUGGUGCCGGGCAUGUUCCCCCCGCGGGACGGCCGGCGGAGGGAGGUCAGCGACGAGGCCCUGGCGGCGCGGCGCCUCAUCCUGACGCUCGUGGCGUCCUUCUGGAUCUUCCACCUGCCCUACGCCAUCACCUACCUGUGCAGCACCGUCGCCUACUACUUCAACCCGGUCCUCAUCAAGGCGUUGCACCUGACGGCGGUGCUGCCCUACGUCAGCGCCGCCGUCGACCCCGUCAUCUACAUCGUGCUGCGCCGGAGCCUCGCCUCGCCGCGCGCAGCCGCCCAUACGAGGGGCGUCGAGAUCACGUACGUCAACCUCAUGCCCGAACUGUAGGCCGAGCGAGGCGGGGCGCG